AAAAACACACACACAGCACGUGUAGCGACGGACGUACUGUCAAAAUCAGCUGUCAAGUCGGGUCGCGGUAGCCGCCGCGGACCUUGGGACGGGCCAAUAGCCAGCGUGUGUUGUGCAGGCAGAGAGCAGCGAAAUCGGCACAACGGCGAAACACACAGCCCCUCAUCGGUCUCACAAAAAAUCCCGCUCAAGGCAGUAGAAGCAGCAGUAGCCAGUAGGGGCCAGCAGUAGCACAACAACAGCAGCGCCAAGAGACGGUACAAUCAUAAUUCCGGAAGAGCGACGGAGAGUGUUUAUGUGUGUGUGUGUGUGUGUGGAUGUGUACACGCGCUGAUUGACGUGUGUUGUUUACUGUUUACGGAACGGCCUAGUGGUGGCGACAGCGACGUCCUCCGACCGGGAUUGGCACACUGAGCGCGUCCGUGUCCGUGUUUUCCCUUUCCCCCAAGUGUUUCCCACCUUCGACGCUGGAACCGGAGCGUCGCCAAUUCGCAAACCCGCCGUUAGUCCGCGCGUUCGGAUAUAGAGGGUGGUGGUAGAAGAAGGGGUCCACCUUGAACUACGCCGAGCACAUCCGGCGCAACGUUGCAGGGCUGCUGCUGCUGCUACUCCCCGCAACGACGACGAAAGGGAUUUGGGACUGUAAGUGUCUCCGUGUGUGUGUGAAUGUGUAUGGUCGUGUAUAUGUGUGUGUGUGUGUUUGCAACUCGGCCUCACUGAUAACGACGCAGCAAACGCGUGUCGCGCGCUCCUACAUUAGAGUGUGUCAAGUGGCCGGCGCUGAUAGGCCAGCAUCCAUCCGAAGUAGUUCCUCUCGGCUCUCUAUCACCCCUCCCGCCACCACUGGUCCGGAUCCGGCGGCAACGACACAAAAGGAUAUAGAAAAACGAUCCACACACACACCCGCACACGGGAACAGGUUUUGGAAGUAGCGAAUCCGACCCCAGCAGUUGGGAGUUGCUUGCUUGUCCGCGCCGGGCUCGAUGCGCAGCGAACCGUCCAGCCACGGGAAAGCAGUGCCCCGAUCGCACUUGACGAUGCUGUGAAGUCUGUUCCGGUCUGCUACCCACGUACUGCGGCCCCCGGGGGUGGGGACACCUUGAGCGGAGUACUUGAGUGCUUUGGGCUUGCGAAUUUACAUAACAGUGCAUGCGUGCCACCACGCUUAGCGGCGAAUUGCUUCCCGUCCGUCCGCACACUGGCAGUAACGGCAUCUGGACAGCAGCGGAUGCGGUGCGAGAAAUGUCUCGAACGAACAAUCGACAAGCGUCGGAACCGGUGCCGCCGGUUCGGCCCACGAACCUUAACAACCGGGACGUCGUGGUGACCAGCCUGAUUGCCGGCGCGACGGCCGGUGCGUUGGCCAAAACCACCAUCGCUCCGCUCGACCGAACAAAGAUCAACUUUCAAAUCAACAAGGACGUCCCGUACACGUUCCGGGCAGCGCUCGGGUUCCUGCGAAACACGUACGUUCGCGAAGGAUUCCUGGCCCUGUGGCGGGGCAAUUCGGCCACGAUGGCGCGCAUCAUCCCAUACUCGGCUAUCCAGUUUACAGCCCACGAGCAAUGGAAGAAGAUACUGCAGGUCGAUCUGCACGCGGACACGGAGGUACGUCGCUUCCUCGCAGGGUCGCUGGCCGGCAUCACGUCCCAGUCGCUGACGUACCCGCUCGAUCUGGCCCGGGCCCGCAUGGCGGUGACGGACAAGUACUCCGGCUACAAGACGCUGCGCGAAGUGUUCGUGAAAAUUUGGCAGUGCGAAGGGCCGCGCACACUGUACCGCGGCUACUGGGCGACCAUACUGGGCGUAAUACCGUACGCCGGCACAUCGUUCUUCACCUACGACACGCUGAAAAAUGAGUACUACAAAAGGACGGGAGACAAAUCUCCCAACACUGUGAUAUCGCUCACGUUCGGUGCGGUAGCGGGCGUGAUCGGCCAGUCAUCCAGCUACCCGCUGGACAUUGUGCGGCGACGAAUGCAAACCACCGGUGUAACGGCUCAAUGCGCCGACCAGUACCUUACGAUUGGCCGGACGUUGAUAAAAAUAUACAGGGAGGAAGGGCUCGUCAAGGGCUUCUACAAGGGCCUGAGCAUGAACUGGAUCAAGGGCCCGAUCGCUGUCGGCAUCAGCUUCGCGACGUACGACCACAUCAAGCAUCUGCUCCGCGACAUCAUACACAUCCGGAGCGGGGACGGCCAGGCACGGUAAUAGUCUGUGGGCGCGGCACGCUGAGCGGGUCGGGGUUGCUGCAGGCGAAAGCUGUCCCUUCGAAUUCGUUUUCGAAUAUCCUUAAGCUAGGCAGAGAUUAACGCAGGCAAGCGGAAAAGGGGGAGAGAGCACCCGCCCCUUUUAAAAAGGACAACACGACAAUAAGAUGAAAAUUCCCACCCCGCCAGUAAGCCCCACAUCCCUCGCAUCCCUUUCCCCGACAGCACAGGCUGUGUGUGUUUGUGUGUGAGUGUGUACAUGAAAGCGUGCGAGUGUGUGUGUGUGUGCGUAUUGUACGAAUCGUCAAUCGGAUAAGUGCCAUUAGCUGGUUUUACCAAUCGCUUUUUUCCUGUUUUUUUUAUAAACGAAGCGAAGGUACAACGGGCUGUCGUCAUUGUUUUUUUUUACAUUUUUUGUUCCCAGGCCAGCACAUUACGAAACCAUUGCACAAAAGAGUAACAUGUACUAUUUUAGGUGUAAACGAAUCUAUAUACGUUAUUUAGUCACUUGCCCACGUUUGAGGAGAUGGGGAGGGUGGGAGGGGGCAAAUCCAAUAGAGUGGGCUGCAGAAACAAACUAAAACGAAGAGGCAGAAUCGGUGUUUUAGUGUCGUACCACGGUCAGACCUGUGCUACGCCAGAAAUAGGCGCCGAGCGGGCGGGUUGUGUUUGGGCGCGGUGUCUCUUUCAAAAAGAUGAUCGAGAAAUAAAGCUAACCAGAGUCAAUAUGCCUUUAGUGCCGGGCACGGGCCGUUGCAGCUUCGAGUCCGUGUUUCUCUCUUGUUUCCUGUUGCUGCUGAGAGUGAACUCUAGUGUGUAAUGGUCGAGCAACGUGCGCUGCUAAGCACGCCACGGCGGCAGUGGGUAAAAUUCACACGCAAAGACUAGAACCUUGUCACUUUCUAUUUCUUAUUGGAGGACAGAAUGUAGUGAAUAAAGUUAAAAAAAAACCAACA